UAACCCAGAACCUCGGAUGUGAAGCCUAUAAACCCAGCAGCCGGUGUGGAGACGCUUUAGUUUCUGCUCUGGUCCCCAUGUGGCGCGUCAUUAAUCCCGUUUAUGCACUUUGUAGCCAGCAGAUGCGGAAACGUGUCAAUCAGCCGCAGAGUCGCGUGCAGACGUGACUCCGUAACCACGACGACGGACGGCACGGCAGGUGCGUCUCGCGCCCCAUUUCAUUUAAGAAGCAAAAAACUUACUUUUUUGUCGUUUAUGUGACACCAAAAAGGGCGACAUUUAGUUAUCGAUACCAUAUGGUUAUCGAAUGCAUGCGUGAGAAAUGACAGCUCGUUAUCGGCACUCUAACUCCGAGCACGCGCCCCCGGUUCCACCGAGAGCGUCACUGGACCGCACGCGCUGGCGCUCUGGUUCUACACCGGAUGCUACCGUGAAGUGCGUACUUGUAGGGGACGGAGAUGUAGGCAAGACCAGCCUGAUUGUGAGCUACACCACGAACGGAUACCCGGCGGAGCACGUGCCCACCGCCUUUGACAACUUUACAGUGACGGUGGAUGUGGAUGGAAGACCAGUACAGCUUCAUCUCUGUGACACGGCCGGACAGGAUGACCUGGAGUGUCUGCGCCCAUUCUGUUACCGUGAUGCUGAUGUUUUUCUGCUAUGCUACAGCAUCGUCGCACCGUCCUCUUUCCACAGUGUGAGGGAGCGCUGGGCUCCUGAAGUGCACCGCUUGCACCCGGUGGCCCCCUUGGUUCUAGUGGGGACGCAGUCCGACCUGCGAGAGGACGUGCAGGUCCUCAUCCAGCUUGCACGGCAGCAGGAACGGCCCAUAAGUGUAGAAGAAGCGAGGCUGGUCGCCCGCAGCCUUGGGGUCAGUGCAUUCGCAGAGUGCUCGGCUUUAACGCAGAAAAACCUCAAGGCAGUUUUUGACACAGCCAUCAUGGUCAGUUUAGAGCACAAGGAGCAGCCGAAGGGGCUGAGGCGGAGGGUGAUGGUGAGGAACAAAACACCUGAAAAGCUCAGACAACUCUCACAGGCCUGGUGGAAAAAGCUCAGCUGUUUCAUGUGAGGACGUUGUGGAAAGCUUGGUUUUCUCUACCAUAUUUUGCAGCACACUGUGAUUAUAGAGCAGAUAUGACAUGACAACAGUUUGUUCUCAGAAUAGUUUUAACGCUCACACCGACGUUGGCGGUGAUGCAAUGUUUAUGAUGCAAGUGAUGUAUGAUGCAAGAGGCUUUGGAACACUGUUAAAUGCUUCACUGCUUUGCAUUGUGCUUUACUGUGUUUCUAAACUUUAUUAAGGUAAAGCUACAGAAGAUAGAUAUUUAUCUAAAUAAACUGAUUUAAUAUAACAAUUAGUUACACAAAUAAUUCACUUUGUUACUGAUGACCACCUAAAUCUGAGAUAUUAGUGACAUUCGUGUUUUAUCCAUGUUGUUUGUUAUGAAAUAUUAUAACCUACUACUUUCAUGCUUUGUUGUUUUUUUUUGUUUUUUGUUUUGGUUUUGGGUUUUUUUUUUGCUCAGUUUUGUGAAUAUUUCAUUUGUGAGAAAAAUAUACCGGAGAAGGUGCUUGUACACAUUGUUGAUGAAACUUAGACACUUAAAUCUCCACAAUUUACUCUCUGUUUGAAUGAAAGUGUCAUUAACAUGAUGUCGAAUUAUACUUCAUUUUAUUAUGUAUUAAAAUACAAAUCAAG